CCGGCCUUACCGCCCGCGCCCGCGCCCGCACCCGCACCGCCGCCGCUCGCCCCUCGCCGCCCGCCAUGGACGUGGAGAGCCGCGUGCCCUACGCGCCGCUGGAGCAGCCGCCCGUGCGCAGCUACAAGUGGUGGUCCAUCGGCAACAUCCUGUGCUGCUGCCUCCCGCUCGGCCUGGUCGCCGUGUACUACUCGGGACAGGUGGAGGAGUGUCUAGCACGGAGAGACAUCGCCGGAGCAAAGAAGGCCUCCGAUACUGCCAAAACCAUCAAUAUCCUUGCCCUGGUGAUCGGGCUGGCGUGCAUCGGCUUUAUGAUAUUCUACAUGGUGCGCAACGCUCAGCUGAUCAAAUCCAUGGCAACCCAAACCAUCAAGCCCCCCUACUAGCAUCACAGCACAGGAGUUUGGGGAAAACAAAACCACCAUCGGAGCCUGUCUUUAUAGUCUACUCUGUUUAGGUGCUCGUGUGCUCUCUCUUUCCCCUUGCCCCAGUAUAUCUUAUCGGUAGCCAGUAAGUCCCUUUCCACCUGGUGCCACAAUAAUGUAUUAGUCUUACAAUUCUAAGCUGCCAAAUCUUGCAUAAGAAACUUCUUUCUCCUUAGCCAGUAACACUGCCAGCUUGCUUAAGUGCUGAGGGGGAGAAGUCAGUUCCUUUCAAUAGGACAGGAAGCACCACCAUUGCAGAACAUGGCUUCCACUGUUCUGCAAUAAAGGAGGUGACCUAGCAAGCGGUCCCACCCUACGCCAGGCCAACAGCAGCAUGCAAACUUAUUCUCAUCUAAUGGGGAACAUUUUUGAUUAGCUAAGCAUUGGCUCUUCCAUUCUUCUCCUCCUCAUUGUAUUAGGGCAGCAAUCUUGUUUCGAGCCAUUCAACCAAGCUUACCCCAGUACCAGUACCUCCCUGUUAGCCCAAGCAAAAUUAAUAGAUCAUUCAGAGGUGGGCCCAGCUGUCAUAACUCCUCCGACUCCUAGACAAAGUGGGAUCUGUAGGAGGGUAGUUAGCUUUAACACUUCUGUCCAAAAUGUGUGCCAACAAGUUCCCAAUGUUGCAGAUAAGAACUAGCUGACAGCAGGGGUGAAACAGGGCAGUGACCACCAGUUUUAUAGGUCCCCUGAUUUAUAAGUCUUUCAUACAAACACAAGAAAAAACAGAGAAGAUGAUCAAGAAUUAAGAAAGCAAGUGUGGAGACCAGCCCACCUUCCCAUUUACCUCCUACAAGGCUGCGUAAGAGCGUCAGACAUGCUGGAAGAAGAAACUGGACUGGAAGAAAGGAGUCCUGCCUUGUGCAUGGAGGGUUGAUGUCCUUGUCAGUUAGAACAUACCAUUGUGGGAGAGCCAAUCUCCAAAUAAAGAGCUUGCUGAUA